AUGCCCUCGGAAGAUACGCCAUUGAUGGUCCCCGCCGCCAUCACCGACCAAACGAAUAAGUUCCCCCAUGUCGUCAAGUUGACUUUGGGAUCGUCUCCCAUUAACUUCCUUCUGUUUUUCGUUCCCCUGGGCUAUCUAGCAGACUGGCUCGGGUGGAAAGCCUCACUGGUCUUUUCCUUUAACUUCCUCGCCAUCAUCCCGCUAGCAUCCGUGCUGGCCUAUGCCACCGAGGAACUAGGAGAAGCUAUCCACAAUGACUCGAUAGCAGGGCUGCUCAACGCCACGUUCGGAAAUGCAAUUGAGGUUAUUGUCAGUGUUAUCGCGUUGAGCCAGAACCAGAUCACCGUGGUCCAGGCCUCUAUGUUGGGCUCCAUCCUCUCGAACGUGCUCCUCGUGCUCGGCUGUUGCUUCGUGGCAGGAGGAAUCUGGUAUCCUCAGCAGUCCUUCAACCAGACGGUUGCUCAGACCAUGAGCUCGCUGUUGGCACUCUCGAUGAGCGGACUGCUGCUUCCAGCAGCGUUCCAUGCCUCACUUCCGUCCAAAACAAAGGACCUGGAAUCCAAAAUUCUCGAUUUCUCCAGAGCAACCUCGGUGCUUCUGCUUAUCGUGUACUGCUUGUACCUUUGCUUCCAACUGAAAACUCACAAAUUUCUGUUUGAGCAGGUUCUGGAGCCCAGUGACGAGGAACAAUCUCCUCCUAUAGACGAGGCCACCAGUAACACCACGCUGGACUCUCAAGACACAGCCCACCCAAGAAGGGGAUUUUUAGUGAACAGGCCGAAAUCUCUUUUGGAGCUCGGUCCGGGACCGCAGCCGAAACACAUUGGCACGAUGGCCUCUGUGGCUGUGCUUCUCGUCACCACCGUUCUCGUGUCGUUCUCCGCCGACUCCCUGGUGUCUUCUAUCGACGAGGUUGUGGAGAGUUCCGGUCUUUCCAAGACUUUCAUUGGUCUGAUCGUCAUCCCUAUCGUUGGUAAUGCAGCAGAGCAUGUCACUGCUGUGGUUGUGGCCUACAAAAACAAAAUGGACCUUGCUGUUGGCGUUGCCGUGGGUUCGUCGAUUCAGAUCUCCUUGUUUGUCACUCCGCUCUUGGUGCUGAUAGGCUGGAUAUUCGACGUUCCGAUGUCCUUGUACUUCUCCACCUACGAGACGGCAGUGAUGUUUGUUGCUGUUCUGAUCACAAACUAUCUGAUUUUGGAUGGAGAGUCGAAUUGGCUCGAGGGUGUCAUGUUGGUCAGCACAUAUCUGAUCAUCGCCAUCUCCUUCUUCUUCUACCCAGACACGCUGGCCCAGUGA